UGUCACAAUGAGACCUUAGGAGUUUACCUUAAACUGUGCUGGACUAUGCUGUGUUGAAAUAAAUACAAGUACUUCAAUCUGUGAAAAGACUUCAUGUUAUGAAGGUAGUAACGUGUACCGCUGCUUAAUUAGCUACCCUGACACUUGGUAUCUAAAUGCGGACGUAACAUAAAAAUAUCGACAUCAACAUUAACGUAUCAUCAACUUAAACGUAGCAUCAACGUUAACGUAUCAUCAAUUAGGGAGCAGAAUGUAGCAACGAUCUUUCCGUUAGAAAAUCCAGCUUACUUCGAUACGUCCUGUUUUGAUAGGAGACCGUUAAUUCAUUUUAGCAACAUUCAAAAUGUGGCGCCUCUCAAAAUAUUUACGUUCAUUCAAAUAUAUUUUCAGAGGAUGUAUUAUAAUUACAAUCGUUUGUGUCGUUAUUGAGUUGCUUAUUAUCAACACUUUUAUUUUAUUUUCGUUAAUGCAAGUAAAGCAUCUGAUCAGUGAUUUUUCGUCAUCACGUCUGUCAAUUAUGGACACUCUUGCCGGAUAUAACGCAUUCCGACACAUUGUCGCCCAAGGAAAGAACGAAGGAUUUAAAUAUCUCAUUGACAACACUAUUGGGAGGAUUUAUAUGGAGCAUGAAUCAGAAAACUGUGGAAAAACAAUCAGCAGACUGGGGUUUGAUGUGUCUAGUGCAGGUGAGUUUCUCUUCAUAUUCGAACAGAUGCAACGUCAGAAAUCCGAGCCAUGGAAAAAGCUAGUUGUGGACAUUGGAGCAAAUGAUGGGCUGAUGUCCAGCAAUUCGUUUAACUUCAUACAAGUGGGUUGGAGUGCCAUUCUAGUAGAACCUCAGAGAGACCAGCUGGAUUUAGCGAAGAAAAACCAUAACGGACUGAUCAACCAGCAACAAGACCAGAGUGUCCAGUAUGUUCAUGCUGUGAUAAGUGAUCAUGAUGGUCAAGAAAAACUCCAUGUGUCAGCAGAUUUGGUUGCUAUGGAAAGCAGAAUAGUAUCCGAAGAAGAACAAGACUCAAACUAUGUAGAGGUUCCGAGUUAUUCAGUAAAGACGUUUGUUUCAAAGUACAAAGUUCCAAAACAUUUUGGAGUGUUGUCUAUCGACGUGGAAGGAAUGGAAGACAAGAUCAUACGUCAGUGGGUAGAACAUGGAUUCCGACCAAUGUACAUUAUACUAGAAUUCUUGCACAGGACUCGCGAAAGUCAGGUUGCUAUCACAAAUCUUCUUAUUAAGAAAGGCUACACCUUAAUCGGAAUAAAGGGAUUCAAUUUCAUAUAUGAAUAUGAUACGAAUUUAAUCGAUAAAGAUGAUAACUAGUUGUGUUUCUCAUGACCAUUGAACUGAUAUUGUUUCGCCUAUUAAAUAGCAUACAUGUAUGGUUUCCCUUUCCCACGUAUUACAGUGAUUUUAUAAUGAAAUACUAUAAUUUUUAGAAUUUGUUAAUAUUUGCUUUUCGCUUAACACAUUCUUACUGUAAAAAGCCAUUGUUAAGUAUUAGCGAUUUUAAUUAUUAUGGCAAAUACAACAAGAAAAUAUGCUUUUUACAUUCCUGUGUUAUAUUAUAUAAUUGUUAGAUAUACACUGUCAUUUAAUAGAUAUAAACUGUCGUGUAAAUCUUUAUUCUUUUAAAUGCACUGUAUGAUUUUUUUUUGUACUUUCAGAAUUAUAUGCCAUUUACAUGAUUGUGUAUUUGUAAAUAUUUGAAUUUGUUAAUAAGCUUUACAUACCUACAUGGGAUUGAACUUUUUGUUAUGCUAAGUAAUAUAACAACAUGUAUGUAAGCAUGCUCCUAGACUAGUGAUAUAUUAACGGUAUUAAACUGGGACACCGAGAUAAUUCGGCCUAAUUGAUAAGGCACUGACAUAUUGGGCACUUAGCGACUCGGAACUAUAAUGCUAAGACAAAUUUUCUUCAUGCGGUCAUUAGAAUACAGUGAUUACUUAAAUGAGUUAAAAUGUACCAUGUUAAUUAUGCCAAAAUGAAUUAUUGGUAGAUUUUCAUCAAAUUUGUUUUCAAUGGUUAAGUGGGUGACAUUUUUUUCUUUGAUGACUGUUCCACAGCAUAGGUGUUGGUGCUCUUUCUUAUUGCACAAGGCACUAUAUACAUAUGUUAAGACGACCGUAACAUAUCGAUACCGUAGGUACGAAUAAAUUCCGUUUCCGGACAGUACCGGACUAAUACGCAACAGACCCUACAUUUUAUUUGAGUCUAUAGAAUAAAAGGGACGGCGUAAAGAGGCGGGGUAGAAAUCUAGCAAUUAAAUUUUAGUCGUCUUAUCUCAGCCUAUUUUGUUUAAAGAAAAGGUAUUAAAUUUAUAGGUGAACGUUUUACAUUUGGUUAUAGGUGCACUCUUUUGCAAGGAGAAAGCAUUCAUCAUUUACUUCCUAUAUGUAUUUGUUGAAACGCUCUUGAAGCACCUCUGCCUCGUCCCAAUCCGGAUUCAUCACAAGGUUGAUCAUAAGUUACAACUUUUAUUUCCCUCUGGUAUCUGUUAGCAUUGGCACCAGGGCAAUCAACAAAAGAUUUAUUACUGGUCCCAUUUUCGCGAAACUUCUUUAGAUAACAGGCUUACAUAGCUUAUUUCACUUAGCCAAAGUGCAUACUUAAAUUUUAUUUCGGUCAAUGAAAAAUCGUUUAUUGUGAUUAUCAUAAAAAAUAAUUCCUAGUUAAAGUCUUAAAUCUCUAAGAAAAGAACGAAAAUAUUACACAAUAUAGGGAAACAAAAAAAUGAGAUAUAGAGGAUAUUUGUUUAUUUCAGUGUAAGAUCGUAUUUUAUUUCGCGAGUUUCAUUGAAAAACAUGUUUUAUAUGCUUCGCCACUCGUGAAAAUAGAAUUUUUCUACACAAACUAUGUUUAUGCUUAUUUUCGGAGUUUUAUUAUUAUUUUUAUUUUUUUCUUAAUUACUGCCUUUUUUGAAAAGGGUGUUAUUUACGCCGCUACCCGUGAGGAGCCCCUCACGCAAAGUUAUGGCUGUCAACUUUUCUAUUUCCGGUUUGUUGAAAAGUUCUCUGCUAUUUAUUCUUAUAGUUUAUUAUUCACUCGUUUUUAGUGCAACGCUUUUGUGAACAGUAAUCAAUGAAGUUUUAUAAGUGAUCAUAUUUUCCAAAAAAAUAACGAAAACACUUUUAUUUUAAGCGGGGCAUGAAUACAUAACCAAAUUACUACGCCGCUAUUUUAUGAAUGAAAAUUUGGAAGGUCAAAUGUGUUAGCAAAACAAAUGCGGAUAUUCAUUGAAGUUGUAACAUUUUUCGUAGUAUUAGACUGUUUUUCAUGAUACAUGCAUAUUCAGUCAUCUUACUGUCAGACAGGUUUGUUUUCCAGGUAAAGUGUGGAUGCAACGCUAGUUUGUUGACCAAUUUUGAGGCGUGGGUGGGGUAAAAAAAUAUCAGAUUAUUUGUAAAUUGUUGUGUGAAUUUUUCGGGAAGCUCGUUUAACGUAUUACAACGACAAACAGUUCAAAAUACAUAUGUUCGAACAGUUGUUUUCGCCUGUAAUUUGUCAGGUAUGAAAGCAAAGCAAAUGUUCGAACAUUCGAUCAGCUUCAAGAUCAAGAAAACGUUUGAAAAAUGGGAUAACCGGUAAUAAACGGCAAGUUGUUAAUUUCCAAAUAUAAUUUUAUUUAAAUUUACUAAACAUUUCUUUAAAUUUUAAACAUUUUUGCCAACAUUUUCUGGUUCAACGUGAAGUGAUUUGUGAUCAAGGGGAAGUUACGACAAAGGAUUUUAAAAGUAGUUCUGAAAAUUGAUAUUUUCACUCCUUAUUUUGCAGUAAAAAUAUCAAAUUGAUAUUUUCCCUGUUGUUAUUUCAUUCAUAAAACCCCAUAUUUCAUCGAAAAGCAUGACAGAAAAGCGUAAUCUUUGUAUAAGUGAUUUUAGAAGUUUUGAGAAAUUGGGGCAAGGGGAUUAACAGAAAUCCAAUGAAAACUACAGGGCCAAGCCCAGUAGUCAAACAUUUAACUCAGGGUUCAGAGACAAUAUAAAGUUUGUGUCAUAUAAGCAAGUGCAAUAACUUUAAAGUGACUGGGAUGACAUGGCUGGUUAUAAAACAAGACCUACAUGUUUUGCCCAUACUAUACUAUAAUCUAGAUUUGGUGAUGAUCGAUCAGAAGCUCCACCAAAUACCAUAACUCUGAAGCAACACUGGACAACAUAACUGGUUAUUUAACUUGGCCGAGAUGAUCUGCCCAUACACAUAUUGUCCAAAUUUGGUGAUGAUCGGUCAACAGCGUCUGGAGUUAAAGCGCGGGCAACAUAAAGUAAAUAAAACUUGGCCGCGAUAAUCUGCCCAUAAAAACAUUUUCCAAGUUUGAUGAUGAUAAGACUAAAGCAACACCAGUACAGCGCGGACAAAGUAUAGUUUUUGUUUGAAAGGAAAUCAAUCACUCUCAAGCGAUUUUGGCAAAAUAACUGGUACUUGAGCUUUCCCGAGAUAUUCUGCCAAUACACAUAUUGUCCAAGUUUGGUGAUGAUCGGAUAAAAUGGGUGUAAAAAGCGUCCCUCCCUUAUCUCGUCCACACACACGAGCUUAAUAACGAUAAGACUAAGAUAAGUUAAAGCUUAUUGUAACUUUAUUUUGUUUUUAUUCCACAAA